AUGAGGGAAUCAUGCAAAAAAGACCUUUCGGCUGGAGAAAGCAUUAGGAAGACAAGACGAAUUUCGGUGAUGAGGAGUGCAUCUGGCAACGAAACUUUCGGUGUUAUAUGCCGUACUUUGUAUGGGGACUUCAUUCAAUUCUCAACAAAACAAAUUGUAGUGAUGUCCACCUUGUUUCGGUCGCUGAGUAUGAGCUCUUCUGCGGGGGACAGCAAUCUUUUUACGGGUAAUUCCGCGCUCAAAAAUGAUUCUGUGGUAGCUGGCAAGCCGGAAUGGGCACAAAAUUCCCGGAGAAGGGUGAUUCCUAGCCAUUUGGCUCCGAAAAAGAAAACCGGUUUUCAUUUAUCUUCGUCCGUAUCCACGAGAAAGAGUGGCGGAGACAAAAAGGACGUCUUUCAAGCCGAAAACGGUGGCGAAUUUAAUCUUUUAUCGUUCGGAACCAACCAAAAACGUCUUGGAACUGGUUCUUUUGACCGUGUAAAUGCCAAUUCCAGCUUUUUCGAUACCAGUUUUGCUGGAGAUUUAACCAGGUUUGACGACGCUGUCAAUAGUUCCAAAACACAAGACGAUUUUCUGGUAUAUACCAACGACGAGGACAUGCCUCCAUCGAGAUCGAUUUAUGACUUAAAUGACGAGGUUUUGAUAUCGCUCAAAUCGCUGCAAAACAACAACGAAGACAAGACUUCAGACGCAAACGAUCCUAAGAAUUUCCGUAAUAUUUUUGUCCGUGAUGCUCCAAAAGCCAGUCCAUCGGAAGACUCCAAUGAUCAAGCAAAGCAAUUAAGCAACGGAGAACUGGCCAUUUUGGUGUUCGGAUACCCUGAAACCAUGGCUAAUCAAGUAAUUGCAUACUUCCAGGAAUUCGGAACCAUUUUGGAAGACUUUGAGGUGCUUCGUAAACCUCAGGCAAUGACUGUAGGGCUUCAAGACAAGCAAUUUGUACCUAUUUUUAGCGGCAAUUCUUGGACAAAAAUCACCUACGACAACCCUGCGUCGGCGGUAGAUGCACUUUUGGAGAACGGCGCAGUGUUCAACGGUGUUUUAUUGGGUGUUAUUCCAUACACGAAAGAUGCUGUGGAGAGAUUGCAAAAGCGAAAAUUGACAUCUUCUGAGGAUAUAGGCAGUGGAAUUACGACUGCUGCCGCGGAAACCAAGCAUAAAGACCAAGGUACGAUUGAGAAUGACAUACCCUCGCAGUACAUGGCAAAGCUAGACAUAAAAGACGGAUCUAACCUUUUCAUCUCCACGAAUACUACUAGUGGAACCAAGGUGGAUCCAAAGAAAGAGCAGAAAAAGGGGGUGGUUGGAACCGUGUUACGAUACUUUUUCGGAUUCAAUGAGUUGUAA